GGGUGAUUGUUCCCGCUCGCUUUGCAGGACGGCGUGACAGCGGAGGCCUUCGCUCGUCAGCUGAUGGAAUCUGCUGCGGAAAGUGAAGGGACCCUGGAGAGAGGUGUCCAGAGGGUUGCCGAGGGGACGCGGCCAUGCCCGGAGUCGGGUGGGGAGAGAGACGGGGACUUGACUGGGAUGCCGGAGCUGGAUGGACUGACCUCCAGGAAGACCGAGGCCGGAGAGAGAGCACGUGUACCAAAGGCGGAGGAGAUGAGAAUGGACUUGGCGGUGGUGAAGCGGUUAAGCAUGGACGGGUCGGGUGGGCCGUACGUAACGCCGGAGGCGGACGGUGGGCCUGAGAUGAGGGACGAGAAGGUAGUCGAAUCGGAGCUGAAACCGCAGGUGGAUCAUGCUUUGGUGGUGGAAGACAGGGUGGAUGAACUGGAUGAUGUCAAGGAAGGGAAAGUGCAGGUGAAGGAGGAGGUGGACUGGCCUGACGUGAAGGGGGAGCAGGAGGACCAGGUGGAGCUAAAGCAGCAGGUGUUCCCCGGUCGGAGCUUAAAAGAAGAGGGAGCGGUGGAAGGGGAGCAAGUGAAAGACGACCAGGCAGUCCUGAAGAAACAAGUGGUGGAUGAUUCCAAGGUGGAAGAAGAGCCCCAGGUGAAUCCGCGAGUGGGAUGCAAGCGGAAGCUGGCCAUGUCAAGGUGUGAAACUUGUGGUACAGAAGAAGCAAAGUACAGGUGUCCACGUUGUCUGCGCUAUUCCUGCAGCUUGCCCUGUGUCAAGAAACAUAAAGCAGAGCUGACGUGCAAUGGAGUUCGAAACAAAACUGCGUAUGUCUCAAUACAGCAGUUUACUGAGAUGAAUCUCUUAAGUGAUUAUAGAUUCUUAGAAGAUGUGGCAAGAACAGCAGACCAUAUUUCUAGAGAUACUUUCUUGAAAAGACCAAUAAGUAACAAACAUAUGUACUUUAUGAAAAAUCGUGCCCGAAGGCAAGGUAUUAAUUUAAAACUUUUGCCCAAUGGAUUCACUAAGAGGAAAGAGAAUUCAACAUUUUUUGAUAAGAAAAAACAACAGUUUUGUUGGCAUGUAAAGCUCUGCUUUCCUCAAUGUCAAGCUGAGUAUAUAGAAAAAAGGGUGCCAGAUGAUAAAACUAUUAAUGAUAUCCUCAAAACUUAUAUUGAUCCUGAAAAAUCUGAUCCUGUAAUUCGUCAAAGAUUGAAAGCCUAUAUUCACUCUCAGAAUGGGGUACAAGUUUUAAUGAAGGUUGAAAAUAUGCAGCAAAAUUUAGUAAGGUACUAUGAACUGGAUCUUCAUAAAAGUCUCCUAGACAAUCUGAGGAACAAAGUGAUCAUUGAAUACCCAACAUUUCAUGUGGUGUUGAAGGGAUCCAGUAAUGACAUGAAAAUUCUUCAACAAGUGAAAAGUGAAUCUACCAAGAACUUUGGCAAAGAAAAAUUGAACUCUCUUUCUGGAAGAAAUUGAAAAUUCCCAGACAGUUGGGGAAGGACAAUGCACUGUUAGACUGUUAGGUGAUUGUGAUGUUAUGGUUGUAAUUUUUUGUUUGCUUGAAAAGGAAUUAAACAGUCUUAAAUUUUAAAAGUGCAUUUUAUAACCUUUUUAAUCAACUGACUUGUAAAUUUUCCAUUUAUGUUUAUAACCCCGUUUUUUUCCGUCUGAAGAAUAUAGUGUGUGUUAAGUCUUGGCUUUCAGCUAUGUUUAAUUCUACAGGCUGAAAUUUUUAAUUUGUCAGUUCAAUACAAUACCAAACCCAGUGAUAACCUGUGUUAACUGCAAAGUUGGCAUUCCCCUUAGUGGAAUCUCUAAACAGAAAGAUGGUGUCAAAUGCACCAUCUUGUCAAAGAGAACUGCUCCUCCAUCAGCAUUCUAUAUGUGGGGUUUUCUAUGUAAGUUAACUGUUAAAACAGCUUUUGUCCUUAGGAAACUUCCAAUACAGUGUCUUGUGUAAAGGCUGAAUAAAUUCUUGCAACCACAGUUUCCUACAGUCUACUCAGAAAAUCAACAACUUCACAUUGUUUGACUCUUGAGUGCCAACAAAUUUGACUCUACUUUUUCACAGAAUAAACAUUGUCUUACAAAUUCAUUCCUCUGAUCCCAUUCCAAGUCCAUUCAUAUCAUGACCACACCAGAGAUGUUGUAGUGACCAGUGUGAUAUAGUGUUUUGAUGCGUUUAGCAAGAACUAAACAGAAUACUUGGAGCUCUUCAGUGUGUUAUAAAAUGUAUAUGUACAUAUGUGAGUGUUUGUAUAUAUGUAUAUAUAUAUGGCUUAAUUUGUACCUUCUGAAAGUUCACAUUAAAAUUAAGGUUUCCUAAUUUUACUGAUGGUUAUGUAGUUAUGAAGCUACAGCAUAAAUAUAAAGGAUUAUUAAUCU